AUGAGCGCCGGGACGAGCGGCGACGAGCCCGUGGCGCGAGAUCCGAAGGAUUAUAAGAUCGCGACGAAGCUCGCGCACGCGAAGACGAGCGUGACGGACCCGUACGGGGCGUCGGCGCCGCCGUUGUAUCAAACGGCCACGUUCGCGCAGCCGAGUGCGACUGAAAAUGGACCGUAUGAUUACACGCGCAGUGGGAACCCGACGAGGACGCAGUUGGAGGAACAGAUGGCGAAUUUGGAAUGCGCGGACCGGGCGUUUGCGUUUUCUUCGGGGAUGUCGGCGUUGAUGUGCGUCACGCGAUUGGUGAACGCGGGCGAGAGGAUCGUGACGGGGGAUGAUAUAUAUGGUGGGACGUCGAGGUUGCUCGCGCAAGUGGUGCCGAAGGUUGGGAUCGAGGUGGUUAACGUCGACAUGAACGACCACGACGCGGUGCGCGCGGCGAUUCAGGGCGGGAACACGACGAUGGUGAUGAUGGAGUCGCCCACGAACCCUCGUUUGCAAGUGAUUGACAUCAAGGCUAUCUGUGAUAUGGCACACGAAAAGGGCGCGCUCGUGUGCGUCGAUAACUCCAUCAUGUGCCCGACGUUUCAGGCGCCGCUCGCGCUUGGUGCGGAUAUUUCCAUGACGUCGGCGACGAAGUUUAUCGCGGGUCACUCCGACGUCACGGGUGGAUUGCUCGCGUGCAACGGCGAAGAGCUUGGAAAUCGUAUUUACUUUCACCAAAACGCCGAAGGUUUGCAUCUCGGCCCGUUCGAUUGUUGGUUGGCGCUUCGCGGUUUGAAGACGAUGCAGUUGCGCAUGGAGCGUCAACAAGAAAACGCGAUGAAACUCACGGCGUGGCUUGAAUCGCACCCCCGCGUGAACAAGGUGAACUACCCGGGUCUGAAGGCAAACGUUGGGCACGAACUGCACUCGAAGCAAGCCUCCGGCGCGGGGUCGAUCUUUUCCUUUACCACCGGCGACGUCGAAUUUUCCAAAAUCGUCGUCGAAGAGACAAAGCUUCACAAAAUCACCGUCUCGUUCGGGGGCACGACGUCCUUGAUCUCUCUUCCGUGCUUCAUGUCCCAUGCCAGUAUACCCGCCGAGGUUCGCGCCGCGCGUGGCUUGCCAGACGAUCUCGUUCGCAUUAGCUGUGGCAUCGAGGACGCCGACGACUUGUUGGCUGACUUGCAGUACGCUUUCGCCGUCGCCGAAAAGCGCGUGGGUAAGGCGUAA